CUCUAUUCCGCUAGAUUCUACUGUUGACAGCACAAUCAUGACCAGAACACAGUAUACAGAGCAUGCCGAAUUCGAGACUACACGCAGGCUUUUGGCAUGCUUGAUCAACGAGGGCCUUGUCGAGUUCAUUCUCCAGAGGCUCGAUUCCUCAAAACAGAGGGUCUUAUGUCUUCGAGCGCUGGGUCAUAGCAGCGAGCUAUCAACAGUCUCCCAGCUUGUAGUGGGCCUCAACCCGAAUUCGCUUGUUGAUGAGAAUGGAAGAGUUUGCUGUCCAAUUGCACCGGAACAGCUUCAGCUACCUGUGAAGUUAGAAAUCAGCAAAGGCAAUACGGUACAUGAGACGAACCCGUCUAAGAUUCUUCAAAUGAUCCAUGAAUGGAUUCCUGAAUCCAUACCAAACCUUCCGCUUCUGGAGACCACGAAACAAAUGCUGCAGAACUCUGCCGAAAAUCAAGAGAAAUUGCUUCAAUUCCAUCAUCAGCAAAAGCCUUGUGACCUGAAUAGUUCAGCAAUUGAGUGGGAGAGGGCGAUCAUCUUUGGCCAUCCCGAGCAUCCUCUUCAUCGAUGCCUGUACCCAGAGUCACCAUCAUUGACUGGCACAGGCGACCUGAUAACACCAGAGAUAUCUUUUAUCUCCGUUCCAGAUACACAGCUUGAGACCACAGGUCCAUUUACACCAACACUGCAACCUUUGUUGGAAAGACUAGGCCUAUCUCAAUUCAUUCCAGGGCAAACCAUUAUUCCCUGCUUUACCUCGAAUCUCCCACUGGUUCUUUCUCGCUUACCAGAAGCCACUUUGGUGCAGAGUUUCCAAGGUAUCGCCGACGGCCAAGCCUCCGCGCGCUCUGUAUCCAUCAAACCGCAAUUUGAUUACAAUCACCACCUGAAAAUGUCUUUGCCAUUCCAGAUCACGGGAGCUAUCCGAAACGUCAAGCCAUGGCAAGCGUACCAAGCCACAUACAUGACGGAACUCGUCGAGCGCCUCGCACACCCUGACCUAUGGGUGAACAGGGAGACUGCGACAAUCACCGGUGUUAACAUGGACGUGCAGGCGGCACGAACCGUGUGCUGUAUUCUGCGCGAGGAUCUGGAGCUUCGAGCUUUGGCGGAGGACCAGUCGUUGAUUAUUGCAGCCGCACUCUAUCAUUGUCCUACGGGAGGCACUAAAACGUACGCCGAGAUAAUUUUUGGCCUAGAAACUCUGGAAGAUAAAUGCGCCUGGCUUCAAAAGUACAUGGGAGUUCUAUUUCAGCUGGUCAUACCACUCCUAGGCCGUGGCGUUGUCCUCGAAACUCAUAGCCAGAAUGUCCUUGUCCGAGUUGACCGACGCAGUAAGUCUCUAGCCGGCUUCGCCAUCCGGGACAUGAAUGGAGUCAAAAUUCACGUCCCCACUCUCCUGGACCAGGGAAUCACCGUGGAUGAAAGACUAGCCCAAAUCUCCGAAACGAGAGCUGCCAGUCUCGAAGCUUUGUGGAAAAGGGCCCAUCGAACUCUUAUCCAAAACCAUGCGGGGUUUCUCCUACGUAGUCUUGGCCUGGAUAACAGUCAGGGUUGGUCGAUUCUUCGAGAUGAAUUGGAAAAGGUCCUAUUCAGCCAGCAGUGUCCGAUGGGUUCGGAGCUUCAUCAGUUCUUCUGGGGUCAGAGCAUGGGGUAUCCGUGCUUCCUGGGUGCUAUUCUGCGGGGAAAGCCGUUGGAGCUUGAGAUCAUGCAGUAUCCCAACAUCUUGAUGAGAUGAUGGAGGGUGGUUGCUCGGUAGUGGGCGAACCCGAGUCCUGCAAUCUAUGUCGACGGGUCAGUCUCUCUAGCGCCUGAGAGGGUAUCUUGAGGUGUUCAGAAGUGUGUUGAUCUUAGAUACGAUGCUAUUUUUCAAGCUUGCGCUUGGGAAGGGGGCGGUUGAUACGGAGGUUGUGUUGAGGUAGUUUGUUUAGGAGGUAAUGGUAUAAGAGGCGGGCUUAUGCCAUUCAAUUCUUUUCGAUAUCAUAUCCUGAAGAUCUAUCCUAAAAUCAUUGUGUGGGGAAUAGACGAUUUAGCCACAGAUUCAUAAGAAAUAUCGACAGUUAAGCGCGUCUCGACUCCAAUCAAGGCACCAGGCACUUAGAUUCGGAUAAAAACAAAUGCAACAGGGUAUUAUGCGUCAAGAUCCGCCUCCAUCCUCACUAGGUAUAGACCAAUAACAAACAUCAAAUCUCACCAUCAUUCAUUCUCACAGCCCGCCAGGAGGGCCCUCCAGACGGGCCAUGCGAGACUCCAGAUCUCGCACCCAGGGCUCAACGGUUUCAACGUUCGAACGCAGGGCAGCCUCCCCUUGUUUCAUCUUCUUCUCGACAGCUGCGAGGCCCUCGCGCCAUUGCUCAAUCUCAGUCGCCAUUUCGGCAUGUCGCUUUUCAAGCUCGUUGAGGGAUUCGGCAGCGUGAGCAGCACCUGCAUGACAGGCACGUAGGGAGCGGAGGCGCUCCAACACGCUCGGUAGUAGAGGAUGCAGGGAUUGAAUUGUGGGAAGGGUGGCAUAGAGUGCUUGGAUCUUCGCUAUCUGUUCAUCAUCGAUAGCACCAGAGCCGGCGCCCGCAGGAAGAGCGUCUGCGUCCGAGCUCGAAGCGACUCGUGCGGCCUGAGCAGCCUUGGCAGCGUCGGUUGCACGCCUGCGAGCAGAGGCGAGUGCCUCAGCAUCAGUGGUCAACUUGCGAACACGAGUGGACAAAGCUUCCAGGUGGGGAGUAGUAAGCCCUGGGACCGUGCUGGGGCCGCCAGAGGCAGGGUUGCCACCCGCAAGAAGACUGGUAAGCGCUGAAAGGCGGGAGGUCAUCUGUUUCAGCGAAGGAAGCACGGGCUGCAAGGCGGGUUCACUGAGGCCAUCGCUGACAAAUGGGUUUGAAGAGCUUGAAAUUCCCAUCGAUGCUUCCAGCAGAGCCAGGCGUCCUUCAAACGCAGCUGCAUGAGACAGGAGUCCCGCAGAUGGUGCGGCGGUCUGAGAUGGUACGGGUGUGACGGCCGUUUCGCCGAUAGUGGAUUGUUUCUUCUGGGGGUCUGCACCGUGCACCGUGGUAAUCUUGGAUUCAGUGUUGAGCUUCUGCGUGAGCGCCGUCGCUGCUGAGUAUGAAGCAGCCUGACCGCCGCGUGACGAGCUGUGUAGAUUAUCCAACGCCCGGCUCAACUCCGCAACGCCAUCGCCUAGCGUGUCGUCUCCCGCCUUUUCAGCUGCAGGUGCAGCCUGGUUUUUGUCAGUCUCUAAGGCCUGGUUUGGUCCAGAGCUAGACCGGUUCUCCAUUUCCACUUUCAGGUCCUCCACCUCGCGCCGCAGGCGUGCCAGCCGCCGCUCGAGCGACUCGUCCUCACUGUCACUCAGAUCGCCCACCUCCUCGGUUCCAUCCUCGCGUCUCCGCCGUCUUCGGUUGCUCUUCUCUUUGCUACGAUAUGCUUGGCGCUUUGAGGAAAUGCUGUCGGAGAAAUUGGCGUCGCGCGCGUCGACCGCCGCACCCAUGAAAUGCAAACGCGCCUGGUCGGCGUUGACGCCCUCGCGGUCUAUGUCGGAAUUGAAUCCGGUGUCAUCGUGAUCGGAAUCGGUGCGGAGAGUUGUCGCCUGCGGAAGUGGAAGGAUUAGUUCG